UUUAAAGUCAUGUAUGUCUGAUUAAAAAUGAUUUUUAAGAUUGUUAUCAAAAUUGCACUUUUUUUGGAAAUACAUCAGUGGAAUCCCAUGAUUUGACAUAAUUCCUAUCUUUAGCAAUAUCAAAUCGGAAGUUGCCGGCUCUUUUCGUCAUUAUUUAGAUAAGGACUCCGAACCAGUUAAAAAUGUUUCCAAAAAAAUCACCCCUCUAUUUGCGGGAUGUCGGUUUAACCUACACAUGACAGCCAUGAGAAUGAAAUGAGUGGAAUACAAGAAUUAGAACGAGACAAUCGUCGUACUGUCACCGAUCCACAUGGAUGUCAUGGUAUGGUGGUAGCUGACUCAGGAAGUCGUAAUGCCCUACAAUCGUCUUAUCAUGGUACAACUACCGUUGAAACUAAUGAUGAAUCUAAGCUGAAUCUUGAGCGAAAAUGUGUGCCACUAAAAUUCGAAACAUCAUCAUGGUGUGAUGAAAGGAAAAGGGAACUUCAAUCUACUGAAGAUGAAAGACCUUUACGCGAUUUCCUGUGUCGAGCCAUUUCAAAGAACGCACGAAUGAUUGCCGUUGACCUAGAUGUGUCCAAUUUGUUAGACCAUCUUUUAUCCAAAUACUGCAUUACUGAAGAUGAAUACAACGAGCUCCGUUCUUUGGAUAAGUCCAAGAAUCUUGCUAGAACCGUAUUAGGAUUAGUUUUAAGAAGGGAUUGUCGUACACUGCUGUCCUUCAUUGACAUCAUUUUCGAGUGUGGUGAGCAUAUAGCUAGUAGUAUCACGGUCGCAUAUGAUAGCAUCGUCAACAAUGCAGACUCCUCACGUGCUGAAACAGGACGAUCAUGCUCGCACUGCCUUCUGCUAGAAAGGACGGAGCCUAUUUUAAUUAUCGAUUCACUGAUAAGCCAUGACUAUGAAAUGUUUUUGCCAUUUUACGAACAAGUUGCAAACUGCAGGGAUAACGUUCCAGAGAAGAGAAAGGAAUGGUGGGAUAACUUUAUGACGCAUGUCAUGAAGGUCGAGGCUUCAGCAGAGAUGACACAACUAAUUAUAGAAGCUCUAGAAGAGUGUAGAUUCCACUCGGAUAUUAUAAGGAACCUGCGUGAGGACCAAAGCAAAAAUGUUAACAGCUUUCUGUGCACACAUAUCUGCAGUGUGGUUUUGAACUCUAGUCCUCGGGCUGAAGACGAAGAACAUGGACCACGGAUGCAAGAAUUAAAAGUUGAUUAUGAAAACACCAACUUGAGAAUGUUUCAACGAACAACAAUAUCGUCUAAGGUCAAUGUGAAGAAGAUGCACCAUCUAAAAUCAUUUGAUUUGGAGAAUCUGCCUGACGACCAAAGACACGCUGCCAACCGUUUCAUGUAUAGAUACACACACAAGUCCAGUCGAAGUACUGAAGAAAACAUAAAUGAACCACGGAUGGAAGAAUUAAAAGAAUUUGAUUAUGAAAAUACUAAUCUAAAGAUGAUUCAAAACGCAACGGGGUCGUCUACAGUCACGGCAAAUGAUAUGCAAGAGCUGAUACCGUUUGAGUCAGGGUCGGGUGACAGAAUGGGGCAUCGUUUUGACGACAGCAGGAAUAGACAGGGUGGUGAAAACGCAAAUACUAGGGAAGGUGAUCACAAUGAGUUAACGCAGUUAACACUUAUUUUUGUAUUUUGGUAAAACACUCAAACAUCAAAAUUGUUAGUAAAGAAAACUGAAUGAGUUUACUUCGAAAGACGUAUGAUUAAACGAAAGGUCUGGGAACAUGGGAGUAAUAAAGUUGUAAUAAUGAAUAAUGUUUUCGAAAUAAGGAUUUACCAAAUGACAAUAAAUCUUAUGUCAUCAUUCUUCGACGCUGUGGAAAAGUGUUUGUUACUGCCGUGGUUAAAAGGAAACAUUGGUACAAAAUUCAAUAGAUGCCAGCCGGUAUAUAACUGAGAUUAAUGGUACUAAUAAUAUAUCGUAUAGAAUUCUAGAUAUUGCAGCGCCGAAGAAGCAAAAAGUUUUUUUUUUAUAAACCUGUAUUGUUUUUGUAUUAAAAAGUUGAAAAAGGACAAAGUUUAUUUACUACAAACUAUUUUUUAAUAAUAUGUUUACUUAUAUUAUACCGGUAUGUACAUCCUGUACUUUAUUAUUACAUGUUUAUAUGCCUGAAAAGGACCAUUGUUUUUCUUUUUAUUAAUUGUAUGAAUAUAAAUUCAUUUUGAAUUUCAAUGAAUAUUGGGCGCAUGUCUCUUACAACAUACACUUCAUAUGACGAAAAUGUGAUUUUUUAAAGUAGAGCAAAUGUGAGUUUGAUACCAAUGAUAGGAUAUGGAUAAUUUGAUUGCUCAGAAAAGGUGGAUCAUGUAGAUAUUUUUGUACAAUUUGUUUUGUUGUGUUUUAAUCAGUAGUGAGAUUGUAAGAUUUUUUUUGUACCUUUUAUAUAGAUUUAUAAGUUUCAUAUAUAUUUUAUAUAUUGUCAAACAUGUCAGGGUGAAGUUGGGUAAACUAUUUUAGAUAUUUUUUAGUGUGUUGAAAUGUAUAAAUUACAAUUUAUUUUGCAUUUUAUAUAUAAACAUUAUGAUAUUG